AUGGCUGUUCAGCGCGCUGUCAUUGUCCGAAAGCGUGGUCAAGUCACUUUGGCCGAUGAUGUGCCAAUACCCGCCCUGCCUGAUGACUAUAUCCUGGUGAAGACCCAAGCAGUGGCGUUGAACCCAACGGACUGGAAACACGUUGACUUCGACUCCUGCGCAGGAACAGUCGUCGGCUGUGACUACGCCGGUGUCGUCGAGGCUAUCGGACCACGAGUCACGAAGCCUUGGAAGAAGGGGGACCGUGUUGCCGGCUUUGUGCACGGGUGUAACGUGAUGCAGCCUCAGGGAGGUGCAUUUGCGCAGUAUGUCAUCGCGAAAGGGGACAUACAAUUCAGGGUGCCGGAAUGGAUGGGCAUUGACAGAGCCGCUUGCUUGGGCGUCGGCAUGAUGACUAUCGGUCAGAAUCUGUAUCAGUCCAUGCAGCUGACUGACCCUGGAAUGGUAUGCGAUGAUAAGAUCACGGAUCUGCAGAGAGACGAGAAGGGGAAUGAUGAGGAUAUCCCUAGCAUCAUGAUCUACGGUGGUGCAACCUCGACAGGCUCUCUCGCAAUCCAAUUUGCAAAGCUAUCGGGGCUGCGCGUCAUCACAACGUGCUCAGAAGUUAAUCGUGCCUGGAUGCAUGAGCUGGGUGUGGAUAUCGUCCUCGACUAUCACGAUCCUCAUGUAGGUGACCAGAUCCGCGAGGUUACCGAUGAUACCCUUGAGCUAGCUUUCGAUACAAUCUCCACUAAUCAGUCGGCUGCUAUAUGUGCUGCUGCCCUUUCAUCCUCCGGGGGCUGUUACAAUGCACUACUGGACGUACGCUGUCCUCGAGGCGACGUUGAUACUCAUGUUUCCAUGGCAUAUGAUAUGAUUGGGGAGCCGUAUCUGAUGGGGGGCAAAGAAGUCCAGGCUCAGCUAGAGAACCUCUCGUACGGGACUCAAUGGGUGAAUGCCGUUGAAAUUCUCCUGCAGACCCGCCAAAUCGCUUCUCCUCGGUUCCAGGUCAAGCCUGGAGGUCUGGCUGGCGUUACUUCGGGGUUGGAUUGGCUGCGGAGAGGCAAGGUGCGGGCCUCUAAGUUGGUGUAUAUUGUCGAUGAGACUUGA